AUACGUUCCUUUCAAUCAGAAUGUGUUACAACUAAUUUUCAUUAAAAAAACCGUAAAUAUUAUUUAAUAAAACCUUUAGUUAUGAUUUAAGUGUGUUUAAAUAUUAGUUAAAAUGACGGACAAAAUCAAGUUCAAUCAACAGAAUAUACCUGAACAAAAGUUGAAAGCCUUUUCUAUCGGAACUAUGGGUAAACGGAAUUUAUCUAAAAGGGAACUGGAGGAAUUACGCAAAAAGGAGGAAGAAAAAGCGGCCGCUCAUGUUUUCCAAGAGUUUGUCGAGACUUUUCAAGAAGCGCCGAUCAACGGUGGUAGCAAAGUUUGGGUCAAAGCUGGCACCUACGAUGCUGGCACUAGAAGGGAAGACACCAAAGACAAGGGCAAGUUAUACAAGCCACAGUCAAGAAUUUCAACCUCACAAGAGUUAAUGACAUCAGCUGAACGAGCCCAGGCUUAUGCCAAACUUCUAUCUUCCGAUAAGAAACCAGAGAGGUUGGGAAAAAAGAAACAACAAACCAAAAGCAAUCUAGAGGCCUUUAUGGAGGAACUAAGGCAGAUCCAGGAAGAACGUGAAGAGAGGCACAAAUACAAAGGUGCAGUUCGGCCCCCGAUAACACCAAUAGAAACCGAGUUGGAUCUAUUUAUGCGUAGCGGCGACAUCGGUUCGUUCGAUAACGGCGAUCCAACGACAACGAACUUAUAUUUGGGCAAUCUGAACCCGAAAAUCACCGAGCAACAGCUGAUGGAAAUCUUCGGCAGGCACGGGCCUUUGGCCAGCAUCAAAAUAAUGUGGCCAAGAUCCGACGAAGAAAAGGCCAGAGGCCGUAAUUGCGGCUUCGUGGCCUACAUGAGCCGCAAAGAUGGCGAAAGGGCGCUGAGGAAUCUCAACGGGAAAGACAUCGUGGGUUACGAGAUGAAGUUGGGAUGGGGAAAGUCCGUCAUAAUACCCCCGCAUCCGAUUUACAUACCUCCUUGUUUGCUGGAGGUCUCUAUGCCUCCGCCGCCGUCAGGCUUACCGUUCAACGCACAACCCGCCCCUAAUGACGUGGACAUCCUUCCCAAAUCGGCCGAAGAACUCACCGACCUACUCACAAGAGCGACGGUUAAAGUCGUCAUUCCGACCGACAGAAAUUUGCUGAUGCUCAUCCACCGGAUGGUGGAGUUCGUGGUGCGCGAAGGGCCGAUGUUCGAGGCGAUGAUUAUGAACAGGGAGAUACAGAACCACAUGUAUCGGUUUUUGUUCGAGAACCAAAGUCCAGCCCACACCUACUACAGGUGGAAGUUGUAUUCCAUCACUCACGGAGAUUCGCAGAAGGAAUGGAGCACCAAAGAGUUCAGGAUGUUCAAGGAUGGAUCCAUAUGGAAACCGCCUCUAAUGAAUUCCUACACCGCCGGCAUGCCGGACGAGCUAGUUGCGCCAGAAGAUGGCAAAGAAAGCAGCAAAGGAUCUUUGUCAAUCACGCAAAGAGAUAGACUGGAGGAUUUGAUCAGGGGUUUAGCACCGGAGAAAAAUAAAAUUGGAGAAGUUAUGGUGUUUUGCAUCGAACACAGCGACGCAGCCGAAGAGGUGGUCGAGUGCAUCACCGAAUCACUAUCGAACGAGUCCACUUCCAUCACUAAAAAAAUCGCCAGGUUUUACUUGGUCUCUGAUAUUCUACACAACUGUGGCGUCAAAGUUAACAACGCAUCGCACUAUAGAAAAGCGUUUGAAGCUAAAUUGUUGGAGAUAAUGCAAGAAAUAAAGAAGACUUAUGACAACCUAGAGGGCAGACUGAAAGCGGACGGUUUUAAAGUGAGAGUUCUAAGAACAAUGAAAGCGUGGGAGGACACAAUUUAUCCGAAGGAAUUCAUGAACAAACUUCACAACACGUUUUUGGGAAUAGAUGAGGUGGAAAAACCAGUUCAAACUCAAAAGGAGUUUGACAUCGACGGCGAUCCGUUGGAAAACCGAGACAUACAUGAUUCUUUCCCUAUGGAUGGAGCUGCACUGCUCAAGAAUGCUUUCAAAGAGUACGGUAGUCCCGGAGAGGAGGACGCUGACACAGAUAUUGAUGGCGAGGAGAUCAAGGACGAUCCUCCAGAAAAGAAAACGGUCAAUCUGAGCGGUUUUAUAACAUCGAAAUGGGAAACAGUCGAUCCUGAUCAAAUCGAAGCUCAAGCCAUGACGACCAGCAAAUGGGAUUUACUGGAGAGUAGCGCUGAAGUUAGCCAAAGCAGCAGCCAAAACGAGAAUCAAGAGGCGUUUGAUUUUUCAGAGAGGAACAUGAGCGAGGAAAGGCGGAAUAAAUUGCGCGAGAUUGAGGUGAAGGCGGUGCAAUAUCAGGACGAGUUGGAGUCGGGUCAAAGGAGUUUGAAGUGCGGUUGGAGCGUUCCCCAGCAAGUGGAGCAUUACCGUAGGAAGUUGCUGCGCAAGUCCGAGAAGGAGAAGAAGGAGAAGGAGAAGGAGGGCAAAGGUGAAAAACACAAAAGAGACUUUGAAAAGAGUGAGAGAAGAAUGGCGGGGGAGAGUUCCGACGACGAUAACUAUUAUAAGGAACUUACCUCUAGAAAAAGUAAAAAACAUGCACGAAGUUCAUCAAGUGGGUCAACAUCAAAACACAGGUCAAAAAGUCGUUCGCCGUCGUCCAGAAAGAGAAGCCGAGUGGCCUUGAGCCCGCCAAGUCCUCCAAGGAUUAGGAGGCACUCUCCCACAUCCUCGACGACCUCGUCCCGCUCCCGCAAAAUAAAAGAUUUGUCCCCCUGUCCGUCGAACGGCAAAUACUCCUCCCCGCGUUCUCACACCAAGCACUCCCGUCACUCCCCUUCUCCGCCUACUUCCUCGUCGAGGUCCCAAAAACAUUUAAAACGUUGCUCCCCCUCGCCCAGAGGACGCCACUUAAGUAGUCAAUCUCCUCCCCCCUCCUCGCGCUCCUCGCGACAUCAUUCCCCAGACUCUUCCAGGAAACACCGACACAAACACAAGUACUAACUUGCUCUUGGACAUAUUUAUUUCUAGAUAUUUUUUACUUUAAAUGUGUUCCACAUCUGUUGUUUGUAAUGUAUACCCAAAACUUACAUUUACCUUAUUUACGUUAUACGCAGAUAUAAUCGACUCAUGUUUGGAUAGAUAUUGCGUAUGCCAUUAUUUCAUUCUUACUAAGCACUGUUCAUAUGCAUACGUGUAUACAUAUAUAUGUUUAGGGUGUUCGUUUAAUUUAACAAGUUUUACAUCUUUAUUCGCGAACAGCACACCCAUAAUAUUUAGAUGCUAAAUGUUUUUAUUUAAGAAGCUUUCAAACUUUCCUAACCUAGCUCAAAAAUAUCGAUGUUUAAUUUAGUUAAUCCUUUUCAACCAACACCCGGUCAAUUUAAACGACUUUUUGUUAGAUUUUUUAGGAGUGUAGACUACUAGUGUCUGGCUGUCUUUGCAGAUGAAAACAUUAAUUGUUUUUUUAACCAUGUAUUUUGUAUAUAAAAACUUUUCAUUUAUUCUCAUAUAUAAUUUUCAAUGACAAUGUAUUACACAUUUUAUUUUGUUAUUAAAG